CGCGGCGACCGCGGCGCGCGCUUCGCCGCCGAGGCGGACCCGGACGACGCCCCCGAGGAAGCGGUGGUGUUCCCCGAGUCGCCGCUGCAGAGAGCCACGGUGCUGGUGGUCGUCCUGGCCCGCAACGCCGCGCACACGCUGCCGCGCUUCCUCGGCUGCCUGGAGCGGCUGGACUACCCCAAGAGCAGGAUGGCCAUCUGGGCAGCCACUGACCACAACGUGGACAACACAACAGCAAUACUCAGGGAGUGGCUGAGAAAUGUGCAGCGCAUGUACCACUAUGUCGAGUGGAGGCCUCUGGACGAACCACAGUCGUAUCCAGAUGAAAUUGGACCGAAGCACUGGCCAAGCUCCAGGUUCACCCAUGUGAUGAGGCUACGGCAGGCAGCCCUUCGAACUGCGAGGGACAAAUGGUCAGACUACGUACUGUUCAUAGAUGUCGACAAUUUCCUGACAAAUCCUAAGACCCUCAGUCUUAUGAUUGCAGAAAACAAAACCAUUGUGGCCCCCAUGCUGGAAUCUCGAAGCCUGUACUCUAAUUUCUGGUGCGGAAUCACACCUCAGGGCUUCUAUAAGCGGACCCCAGACUACCUUCAGAUUAGAGAAUGGAAGAGGACAGGCUGCUUUCCUGUCCCUAUGGUCCACUCCACGUUCCUCAUUGAUCUCAGGAAGGCGGCCUCGGACAAGCUGGUCUUCUACCCCCCACACCAGGACUACACCUGGACCUUUGACGACAUCAUUGUCUUUGCCUUCUCCAGCAGGCAAGCAGGCAUCCAGAUGUACCUCUGCAACAGAGAGCACUAUGGCUACGUGCCUGUCCCCCUGAAGCCGCACCAGACUCUGCAGGAGGACAUCGAGAGCCUCAUCCACGUGCAGAUAGAAGCCAUGAUCGACCGUCCUCCCAUGGAACCCUCCCAGUUCGUCUCAGUUGUCCCUAAAUAUCCAGACAAGAUGGGAUUUGAUGAGAUUUUCAUGAUAAACCUGAAACGCAGGAAGGACAGGCGAGACCGGAUGCUGCGCACGCUGUACGAGCAGGAGAUUGAGGUCAAGAUCGUGGAGGCUGUGGACGGCAAGGCACUCAACACAAGCCAGCUGAAGGCGUUGAAUAUUGAAAUGCUGCCCGGUUAUCGAGACCCCUACUCCUCCAGGCCUCUCACCAGGGGUGAAAUCGGCUGCUUCCUUAGCCACUACUCCGUCUGGAAAGAGGUGAUUGACCGAGACCUGGAGAAGACUCUUGUUAUUGAAGAUGAUGUGCGUUUUGAGCAUCAGUUCAAGAAGAAGCUGACAAAGCUGAUGGCUGACAUCGACCUGGCUCAGCUGGACUGGGAGCUGAUCUACAUUGGCAGGAAGAGGAUGCAAGUUAAAGAGCCUGAGAAAGCGGUACCCAGCGUGGUCAAUCUGGUCGAAGCAGACUAUUCCUACUGGACCCUGGGCUACGUCAUCUCUUUGGAAGGAGCACAGAAACUGGUUGGAGCCAAUCCUUUUGGGAAGAUGUUACCCGUGGACGAGUUUCUGCCAAUCAUGUACAACAAGCAUCCUGUCGCGGAGUACAAGGAGCACUACGCAUCCCGGGACUUGAAAGCCUUCUCUGCGGAACCGUUACUCAUCUACCCCACGCACUACACCGGCCAGCCGGGCUACCUGAGUGACACGGAGACCUCCACCAUCUGGGACAACGAGACGGUGGCCACUGACUGGGACAGGGCUCAUUCCUGGAAGUCCCGGAAGCAAGGGCACAUCCACAACAACGCCAAGAACACAGAGGCCCUGCCACCGCCAACCUCCCUGGACAGGGCGCCUUCCAGGGAUGAGCUGUGAGAGGAAGGCUCGCAGGCACGUGGACCCCCGGGUGGUUGUUGAUGGCCCUUUGGUUUUCCUAAGGGGCUGUGCACCUGUUCGAUCAGAUCUCCUGCACUUGUCUCUGCCAUCUCUCCAAAGUGGUCUGAGUGAUUGUUUCUGAAUUCCAGCAUUUGUGACAGGGGAGGUGAAUGGGGAUGUUCAAUCCAAAUUUCCUAGGUGGCUAGAAGGAGGGUUUUACAGGGGCCAUUAAGAUAAAUGUCAAUCCAGACAUCCGGUCCUUGAGUUCGUUGCCCACGUGAUACCACGUCCCUCCCACGUGGAAGUCAAACAGCAUGGCUUAGAGGUUCACCCAAGAGGAUGCUCACCAGGUUGUCCCAUUGGUACAUGGAUCAUCACCUCAGACAAGUCAAGGGACCACACCUGUGGUCUCCCGGAAGCUUGCUUGAUACGACAGACCUUUCCCUGAAAUAUGGUUGGGAGAAAAAUCAGACCAGUUGAAACAUAUUAAUUGGCUUCUUACUUAAGGGGAUUCUGCCAUAAGUUCUAUUUCGAAGUGGACUUAAACCCCAGGCCUCAUCGUCCAAUGGGGACUGGGCAUUGGGAUGUGGCUGAAACUCGGCCCUGGACCAGCAUGGCAAACAGAACUCUCAUAAGGUAGCUAGCUGCCAUGUGGAUAUAAUUGGGUAGAUAAUUAAAUGAGGAUUUGUGUAAAUAGUUGAGGGAAAGAGAAUUCGCCCUUUGGCCCUUAUUUUACAUUGUGGUCACUUGAGUGAGGAUGCUCUAUUUAUAACCGUAAAUUUAAUAUAUAAGGGGUCCGACUGGCAUGUCAUUCCUGUCUGGGGGUCCCUGUGCUGCUGCAGCAGAUCCUGUCUGCUGCUCCCUCCACCCCCACCCGCAGUCUGGCAACAACUAGAUGUUGAGCCACUGUUAGGAGGUGAAGGACAUCUUCAGGCCAGAGACCGUCUCCGUCAGGCUUUGCGUUAUGUUCUGAAUUAUUUAUUGUACAAAAUGCAGGGGCGGGGAGCAUUGUAGGCUGAGGCAGAGACGUGGGUGUUUCAACCCCUAAUGACACCCCGGGGAGUGGUCAGUGCAGACACACUGGUUCGGCUGGCUGGCCGGUUCUCCCACAGUUCCCAGGUUCACUGGCAGACAUGCCUGUUAUGUGAGGGAGCGAGUGAUUCUCCACUGAAGGUCAGAAACAAUGGAUUGAAGCCAACAACCAAGAGUUCUGGGAGUCAGAAUCCUGGGCAGGCGCCUUCUUUAGAGUGCCCUGGCCUCUCAGCAAGUGUCCCUGACCCUCCUUCAGCUUUCUUCACAGCCUAAUUGGGCGUACAGUGCCGAGCUGGAGGGUGUGGUCUCUUGCACCUCCACAGACUAUGGUCCGGAGUCAGCUCACGGGGCUCUGGCCCAGGCUUGGGUGCACAGGCAGGAAAAUGGGCCUCGAGAAUGCCCUCCCCAAGCUUCCUGGAUCCACCCCCUCCUUCCUCCAUGCCCAGGAGGAGGGAGCGCUGCACUGAUGCGCUGACACCCCUCGAGCUGCACUGUUGGAGCAAAGCCAUGAGCGAGGGUCAGGGGCGGGCACAUGGACCUCAGCUGGGGCUUCCAGGAGAGCCAGGUUGCAGCCCACCAUGGACGCUUGCCUGGCCCAGGCCACCAGACUUGGCCUGCUUCUGGACCGGUGGUUACCAUUCUCCACCGUGAAGAAUACGCCAGGCAACUGAGGAACGGAGCCUCCUCCAUCUCCGCGGUGUCCUGCAUGGACAUAGCUGCCCGCACCAGACUUCUUUUUCCUGUCGGACAGAAAGAGCAUCGAGGAACUAGUGAAGAAUCCUGAGGCGGUCCCUCGGGGUUCCCGGAGUAUUUUGUAUUUGUCUGAAUAUUUGAGUGUGUGCAAGUGUACCUGGCUUCCAAGACUUUGGGUUUUUUUGGAAGGGGUGGAUGGGGAGUGGGGAAAAUUGCGUUGAUUUUUGUGUUGUUUUGUUUCCUAGAAAACCUUCCCUUCUCUUUUUAUUGUGUCAGCUGGUCUGACGUUUUAAGAAUGCCCAUUCUUCGAAGACGUUGAUGCUAAGUACUAGGACAGUUAGGUUAGGACAGUUCUACUGUGAAUCCUGCUCUGGCUCUCGGAGCCCAGCCUCCGCUUCUCCUGCUCCGCCGUGGAAUCCUAAGCAAAGUCCUUUCCUUGGCGAGAUGGUGACAGGCAGUCCUAGCCUGUCCUUGACCGUGCCAUCCUGUCAGCAGUCAGGGUGCCUUGGUUGCCAUUUCCUUCCUCCCUUGAGCCUCAACACAGGGGACUUUAGCUAGUGUCCUGAGACCCUUGCGCGUCUGAGGCCUUUGAUGCCCCCCUGCCGAUGCCUGCUCUCUGCCCCUGGCAGUGAACCCACAUGGACAGCGGUGGGCACUUCUGGGCAGACGACCCUGAGAAGGGCAGGGUGAGUGCUGUUCGGUGGGUCCUGCGCCCCUGUGCUUUGUGGAGACCCCUGCUCGGGACUGGCUCUGGGUGCCCUUGGGCCUGCAGCAGGACCUGGGCCCCUUCCGCCCACACUGGUAAUCAUGCUGUGCUGUUUCAGGGUGGGGAAAGGAUAAGCUACCUGCCUUCUGGAAACCUUUGGGAAUGAUUUGAAAAAAAUAAAUAAGCUCAGCAUA